AGCCAAUCACAACGUCGUAAAGUUCUGCUGCGGAAGAGGGAUGCAGAGGAGAUGGCAGAACUUAGAUAGCCCCGUGUUGGGAAAUAUUUUCGCCAUGGAUAUUUUCCGGGGGAAACCCAGGAACAGAGGUCAGCGGCUGGUUUUUGCGGUUGUGUUUCUGGUGUGUGUCGACUCUGUGCGCAGUUUCGGGCAGAACCAGGACAGCGAGUUCACGUUCCUGCUACCUGCUGGAAGGUCCGAGUGUUUCUUCCAAUCAGCAAUAAAGAAUGGCACGAUGGAGGUCGAAUAUCAGGUGAUAGCAGGUGCUGGUAUGGAUGUAGACGUCACCAUCGUCUCCCCUAAAGGCGUCCAGCUUGUCUAUGAGUCUCGACGCUCUGAUGGAGUCCACGUGGUGGAACCCACAGAGGAGGGAGAUUAUGAAAUCUGCUUUGACAACAGCUUCAGUCGCUUCUCUGAGAAGAUGGUGUUUUUUGAGAUCAUCAUCGAAGGUCAAGGAGGAGAUGUGGGAGGGGACGAUGAGUGGCCAGGGUUAGAGGAGCCUGAUGGAAGCCUUCUUGAAUACAAGCUGGAAGACAUCCGGGAGUCCAUGGACUCUCUGCACAGACGUUUGGAGCGCAGUCGGCAGAUGCAGACGGUGUUGCGAGCUUUUGAGGCACGAGACCGGAACCUUCUGGAGGAUAACCUCUGGAGAGUUUCCUUCUGGUCGUGCGCCAGUGUGCUGGUGAUGCUGUGUGUGGCCCUCACGCAGGUCUACACUGUCCGCAGACUGUUUGACGAUAAGCGGCGCGUCUGCACAUAGAGCUAUUAUUUUCCGUUCAUACGGUACAGGCUGGGAAGCAGAACAGUCCAGCACAACGAUGUUUUGCUGGUUACCCAUUCAAAUUGUGCUCUGUUAUUGUUCAUUUAUUCUUCAUGAACACCAGCAGUCAACAAACAUUCAAAAGGUAUUCACUUCCUAAAAACCUUGGAUCAGAUCCGUUUGUGAGCAAUAAUUAUAAAAGAUCAUAAAGGGUAACCAGAUGUGUGAGAGACUGAGAAAGUUGUUUUCAUUUCAUGCAGUGCCUUUAAUGUCAAAAUCUCACCACAAAAGCAAUUAGGAACUGUUUUCGUGAAACUGCUGACCUACAUUUCUGAAGGUGGUUAAAGGGGUUGGGGAAAUUUUCGCUAAAGGUAACUUUCCCGUUGGUAAAGGUGUCUGGUCAGUUAAAUGACACUCCUAUUCUGCUGGUUUCCAGAUGAUAACUAUGUGCAAUAGUGGUGUUGGAAUAUAUUUGUUCUUGUAGUCCUGACAGUGUAAGAUCCUGCCAUUACAUUGGUGAUUUAAAGUGUGAUCAGUGUUUCCUUGGUUACAGCCUUAUGGAGGGAGUUUUUUUUUUUGAGAGGUUACUGAUGUCUUUUUUCAAGUACAAGUCAAUGCUGAUAUGUUGAUAAAUAUGAAUGCAGAAUAAGAAAGAGGGAUGGUUUCUGGUGUAGUUGCCAGUAAUGUACAUGUGACAGUUCAUUUCCAGAUAAAUGUGUCGUUUGUACUUGAAUGUCAGUUCAGGUAUGCAUGAGGAUAAUCCAGUGUGAACAUGCUGAUAGUUUGGUGUGUGUUUCUGGCCUCUAUCUUUUCCUUUUAAACGAUCAAACAUGCUGUUUUAUUCUGAUGUAUGUUCAUGUGUCAAUAAAAUUAAUUUUACUCAAA